AGUGACAGUAGCUUCUUCAAAUUCAACUCGUUAAUCAACGAUGUCAAUUCAAAAGCUACUACAAGCCUUCAAUAAAACCCACUUUACAAAUCCCACCUCAAUUGCUCAUCAAGCAAUCGCUUCAAACAUCGCUAAAACCCUCAUCAAAUCCGGCCUUAAACCCUUCGAAACGACCCCGCUUUUACUCUCAAAUUUCAACUCUGACAUUGCCAAUCUUGUUUUAUCAAACUCAAAUCUUCCUCCUCAAUCUUGUUUGAGUUUCUUCAAAUUUCUCCGCAGAAACCCAUCUCCCGUUGCGCAUAAACCCGAUCUUCAAGCCCAUGUAAUCCUGAUUUGUAGAUUAUACAAGGCGCAAAAGUUUGCUGAAAUGAAAAAUGUAUUGAGUUAUAUUGCAACUGAUGUUAGUCUUCGAUGCCCAGUUAUAAAUUUAGUUUCUUUAAUUGAAAAUGAAACUGCUGAGGCUAAAUUUGUUGAAAAGCUUUGCGACAUGUUGUUUAGAGUUUACGCUGAUAAUAGAUUGUUCGAUGAGGCUAUGUCGGUUUUCGAUUAUAUGGAGAAUAGCGGUAUGAAGAUUGAUGAGAGGUCUUGUAUGGUGUAUUUGAUUGCUUUGAAGAGAGGUGAUCAAAUGAAUAUGUGUUUUGGUUUUUUUCAAAGAAUGGUUAAGGCUAAUGUGAAUAUUACGGUUUAUACGAUGACGAUUGCGAUUGAUGGGUUAUGUAAGACAGGGGAUUUUAAAAGGGCUAGGGAUUUGAUGGAUGAAAUGAUUGGUAAAGGGAUUAAAGCUAAUGUUUUUACUUAUAAUACGCUUAUAAAUGGGUAUAUUAAAAGAAAGGAUUUUGUGGGUGUUAAUGAGAUGUUGAGCUUGAUGGAGAGUGAUCAAGUGGCUUAUAAUGCUGCUACAUAUACGCUUUUGAUAGAAUGGUAUGGGCGUUCAGGCAGGAUUGGUGAAGUUGAGAGAGUGUUUGAUGAAAUGCGUGAGAGAGGGAUGGAAGCUGAUGUUCAUGUGUAUACUUCAGUUAUUAGUUGGAAUUGUAGGGUUGGAAAUAUGAAAAGAGCAUUUGCCCUAUUUGAUGAGUUGACUGAGAGAGGCCUUGUUCCAAAUUCUCACACUUAUGGGGCUUUGAUUGAUGGUGUUUGCAAGGCCGGGCAGAUGGAGGCGGCUAUGAUGUUGGUAAAAGACAUGCAAAGCCAAGGAAUUAAUCCGAAUCAAGUGAUAUUCAAUACAAUUAUGAAUGGUUACUGUAUGAAGGGUAUGAUAGAUGAAGCCUUAGAAAUGCAGGCUAUCAUGGAAAAGAAAGGUUUGGAGAUUGAUGUGAUUUCUUAUAAUACGAUUGCCAGUGGCCUGUGUAAAUUGAAGCGGCUUGAGGAAGCAAAAAGGUGGUUGUUCACUAUGAUGGAAAGGGGUUUAGCUCUUAAUGUGGUGAACUUCACUACUUUGAUUGACAUUUUUUGCAAGCAAGGGAACUUAGAGGAAGCAAAGACGCUAUUUAAAGAGAUGAAAUUGCAGGGAGAGAGACCCAAUACUGCUGCAUACAAUGCGUUGAUUGAUGGUUAUACAAAGAAAGGGAAGAUGAAGGAAGCUCAUAACCUUAGAGCUGAGGUGGAAGCAGUUGGGAUGAUGCCAGAUGAAUACACAUAUGCAUCCCUUAUACAUGGUGAAUGCAUAUUUGGGAAAUUAGAUGAAGCACUAAGACUGUUUAAUGAAAUGAAACAGAGGGGUUUAACUCAAAAUGUAGUCACAUACACAGUAAUGAUUUCUGGUCUGUCUAAGGAGGGGAGAUCAGAUGAAGCUUUCAGAUUGUAUGAUGAGAUGAUUGAGGCUGGCCUUACACCUGACAAUAGAGUGUAUACUUCACUUGUUGGUAGCCUUCAUACAGCCAGGACUUAGUAUUAAAGGGUACUCAAUGACAGUGAAUGUACUAUUAAAAAAUUGGAUGGUUUAUCCCUAACCAGCUGAUGACAUGUCAAGCCUAUGAUUACCUUUUGUAAUCUAUUUAUGGUGACAGCAAUUUGAAAUCACGUCUUAGUGUGUGUGGAAAUGUUGAUGUUGGGUAAGGUAGGAGUUGAGUUGUCUGUAGCCUUUGGUGUAUGGAUUUGAUGCAAAAAGGAAUUGAAAUUGCUAAUUUAUCA